CCUCCCGGGCAGGUUGGCCGUAGGACUCACGUCCUCGCCGGCCGGUGCUCCCGCUCGGACGCUGUUGCGCCGGCCUCCGCGCGGUAAACGGAUGCGCCCCCCGGUGCGCCGUCCCGGCCCCGGGAUGGGCCCCAAACUCGCAGACUCCGUGGACGAGCUCCGCGCCGCCGGCAACCAGAGCUUCCGCAACGGCCAGUUCGCCGAGGCCACGGUGCUCUACAGCCGCGCGCUGCGGACGCUGCAGGCGCAAGGUGGUUCGAACCCCGAAGAAGAAAGUAUCCUCUUCGCUAACCGCGCAGCCUGCCACUUGAAGGAUGGCAACUGCAGGGACUGCAUCAAAGACUGCACUGCAGCACUGGCCCUGAUGCCCUUCAGCAUGAAGCCCCUGCUGCGGCGGGCAUCGGCCUACGAGGCCCUGGAGAAGUACCCGCUGGCCUAUGUGGACUACAAGACGGUGCUGCAGAUUGAUGACAGUGUGGCGUCGGCCCUGGAAGGCAUCAACCGAAUGACCAGAGCCCUCAUGGACUCGCUGGGGCCCAAGUGGCGCCUGAAGCUGCCCUCUAUCCCCUUGGUGCCUGUCACAGCUCAGAAGAGGUGGGAUUCCGUGCCUUUGGAGUACCACAAAGAGAUGGCUAAGAGAAAAUUCAGAGAAACCACAACUUCCAAGAGCAGAGCGUUUUCUGCUGGGGAUGUGGAGAGAGCCAGAGUUCUGAAGGAAGAAGGCAAUGAGCUUGUAAAGAAGGGAAACCAUAAGAAAGCUAUUGAGAAGUACAGUGAAAACCUCUCCUUUAGUGACAUGGAGUCCGCCACAUACAGCAACAGAGCGCUCUGCCAUCUGGCCCUGAAGCAGUACAAGGCAGCAGCGAGGGACUGCACGGAAGCGCUCCGGCUGGAUGGAAAGAACGUGAAGGCCUUGUACCGACGAGCGCAAGCCUACAAGGCACUCGAGGACUACAAAUCCAGCUUUGCAGACAUCAGCAGCCUUCUGCAGCUUGAGCCCAGGAAUGGCCCUGCCCGGAAGCUGCAGCAGGAAGUUAACCAGAGUUUAAACUAAAGCCCCAGAAGGCUAGCGGGAAGCCUCUGCCCGAGCUCCCUCCUCUGUGCCUGCUCCCGGGACCCAGCAUGCCCCCGAGCGAGCUCUGAGGCCACUCAGAGGUGAUGGCUUCCCACCCCUUAGGAGGCUUUGCUUUGUUCACAAUUAAGCUCAGAGUAGUAAAAAGAAAAAACCAAACAAAACCCCCAGAUGUUGUUCUGCUGGAACCGUCCCCCCUGCCGCCUGCCCCGGACAGCUCGCAGAGCACUCGGUCUGCCCCUGCCCCGAGCAUGCUCCCCACGGCUGCCCCCCUAGCUUCCCCAGACCCAUCUCACUGGGCUUCACCUGAGCAAACUGAGCGCGGGGGUCGGGAGUGGGGGAGGGGUAAACUAGAGCCCAAAGCGGCCUGUUGAGCUGGUUCUCCAGGGCUGCCGUCCCCACCCAGUCCGUGGCAGAGCUCCUGGUGUUCUGAGCUCCGGCGCCUUCUGGCUGGGCCCUGCUCUGGUAGGGACACACAAUCCUGACGCUCGGGUGGCCUUGGCUGUAGCUCUGGGCUGCUGCCGCUUCCGACGGGGAGGUGUGCCUAAGCGGUUUUAAGAGUCCGGAGGUGUGGCCCCUCCCUGAAGGUGGGAUGGAGAGAAAGGCCUUCUUGAAGUCUGUGGCCUUCCACUCUGGGCAGGGACCUCCUUUUGACCUCAACAGUGGUCCCCCCUAAGCUUCUUGGUUUUUUGUCAUGUGAAGUUAAUUUGAACUAAAAAUGGACUGAUUUUGUUGAACUGUGUCUUCAAGCUAUUGCAUUAAACAUCUUUCUGGUACAUAAA